AUGGAGCUGCUCUCUUUUUCAAGAUCGGUAGCUUGGCUACUCCUCGUAGAAGCUUUUUGUCUGGUAGAAGGAGGCAAGCUUCUAGUAGUUCCUAUGGAUGGCAGCCAUUGGCUAAGCAUGAAACCUGUAGUAGAAAAACUAACGAAAAAUGGGCAUCAGGUUGUGGUGGUGACACCAGAGAGUACUUUAUCAAUGAGUAACUCUUCAUGUUAUUCUCUGAAGACCUACUCUGUGCCAUACAGCAGCCAGGAUGUAGAAGACAAAUUGCAGAAGUUUGGAAGCGAUCACUUCAUUAAUCAUCCUUUUCCAGGAGUCACCAUCGCUAUGUUUAACAGCAUGUUAGAUGUAUAUGACAUGUUUCGGACUAUGUGUGCAAAGUUAUUAUUCAAUAAAGAGUUAAUUCAAAAUCUAAGAGAAGAUAAGUAUGACGCAUUGCUUACUGAUCCAUUUUCACCUUGUGGAAUGAUGGUAGCAGAACAUCUCGGAAUUCCUAAUGUGAGUUUUCUAAGAGGAAUGCCCUGUAUGUUAGACUACACCAGCACACAGUGUUCGAGCCCCCUGUCCUAUGUUCCCAGAAUAUUCAGCCAGUUCUCAGACAAGAUGACUUUCAUGCAGCGUUUGAAGAACCUAUUGAUUAGAGUAAUCGAGUUCUAUUAUUGUGCGGCGACAUAUGCACCAUGGGAACAUCUGGCUUCCAAGUUCCUAGAAAAGGAAGUAAAUAUUUAUCAACUUCUCAGUAGAACAUCCAUCUGGAUUAUGAGAUAUGACUUUGUUUUUGACUAUCCACGACCUGUAAUGCCCAACAUGAAGUUUGUAGGAGGCAUCAACUGUGUUCCAAAAAAAAACUUGAGUAAGGUAAGAAUAAUUCAUUCAUAUUAUAUUGCAAGUAAAUUGUGAUUUUGAUCAUAUUAUUUUGAUGAUAUUUUAACUUAAAUAUUUUAACUCGCUGUACAACAGUAACUGAUUGCUUAAAAAUUUUAAACUAAAUAUUGACGAGUGUGAGAAGCCCAUUUACAAAAGAAACACUUAUUUUUGUACACUGGUGUAUUUGCAUUGACAAUGAAAUGCAUGUACAUGGACAUUUUACCUUUACCUGUGUUACUUCUAUUCCCACACUGAAGGGCUCCUUUAUGCACAAUUGCUCAAUCUGUAAAAUUAUUAAAUUAAUCAUUACAGAUGCACAGGCAAAUGGAAGGCAGAUUUUACCCUGGUAAAAUUAUGUAAAGAAACAUGCUCAUAACACUUCUUCCGAAAUAAUGAAUAGUACAACUUCUUGUGAUUUAAAAACAUUUAACUCAACUUUAUUGAACCACAUUAACAUGACAGCUACAAGCUGUUGUUGAUAAGACAACAGGUAGUUGCAGAUAUUAUUUUUAACCAUGCAUUCCAGUUCUUUUCCAUUCUCAGCCAUUCACAGGGCCUAUAUCUCCAACGUGGCUUUGUCUUAUUGUUGUGCUAGCCAAGCACAACUGCCGCUGUUAGAAUACUGACUGUUUUAUUUAGUGAAUAGAACCCACAGUAAACAACACAGACUUUUAUAGUAGGGAAGAAGCCUUGCCGACAUCAUGCAUACCACCCAACAUUCCAAAUGCACAAAGACAAAUACUUUCAUUUUAGGGAUAUGGGUGGGGAUGUGACCAGGGCAGGACUGAUAGGAGAAAUGUUUAAAUGUCUUACUAAUAAUUUUAUGGAACAAAAAGUUAAUUUAGAACAAGAACAAUGUAUCUUGUUUUCACAGACUGAUUUCUAGACCAGGGGUAGGCAACUUAUGGCACGUGUGCCAUGCACGGCACUUGAGGUACCUUUGCACGGUACUCAAGGCUACCAGAGUCAAACAGGCUCUGUCCUAUCAGGAGUCCCAGUGAAACUUCAGAUAUCUGCUAAUACGAAAAGGUGGUGAAGGACAAUCCUCAAUUUAUGCAUUGCAGCACGUAGAGGAAGUGACUUCAGAUUACUUCCUCCCAGCACUUGGGAAUCCACACUGUAGUAGAGCAGCCUACAGCUGCUGUUGCAGCUCCUGUCCUUGACCUGUACCUGGCAAGCACGAUAUACACAGAAAUGCAGAAUAACCCUCCCUUCAUACAAAUAAUAUGAAUAUCCAACACACAAUCCGCACAAACUCAACACCACUGACUAUCCACAUACAUGCACUCAAACCCACAUGCAGGCUCUUACAUAAAAUACCCUAAACAGCCCCACACAUACACACACUACCAAACACACAAUGUGACAUAUCCAUCCACACACAAUUCCACAAGCAGCCCCCAUACACAGCCCACAUUCAUAGGGACACGAUACCACAAACUACUCAUGAACAUAUACAAUAUAAUAGCUCAUAAACGCACAAAUACAAUGAUACAAAGCAACCACAGUAUAAAUAACACAAGCAGAAUAUGGCAUCAUACACACCUCAAUUAAUGAAAAAUAGGACUGGCACGCUACGGGCCAUCACAAUCUUAUUUUGGCACAGUGCUGCUAAAAGGUUGCCUACCCCUCUUCUAGACACACAUAUUGUAGUUUAAAUAUACAUUACGGUGAGUGUUAUUGGUAUGGAACUCAGCAUUCAGACACAACAACAAUAUGGAGAUCCAAGAAAAGAGGGUCAGAGGACUUUGGGCCCAAAUUACAGACUAUCCCUCCUAAAUUGGGAAGGGUUGGGAGGUAUGGUAACUUGUGAGAAAUUGGGUGAAUCCAUUCCCAGGGCACACCACUACAGUAAUGUCUGUCUGUGCUCAUUUGAAUGUCAAUCUAGGAACUCUGGGAUAGUUGUGGACACAUGAUUUCUCAAGGUUCUGUGCCUAAGGAGGACAUUCCAAAGUUCAAUUUGAGAUAUGCAAAUGAUACACAACAAUCAUUCUCUUUUUGCAAUGUGGAGAGUUUUGUGUAUGAUUUCACUUCAACCUUUCAGUCACUCUCAUUUUCAGACUAGAACCAGUGUCAUGCUAAAGAGACCCAGAAGGUCAUAAUUGUGCACUCCAUGGCGAGAUACUGAUACCCGGUCCUUUUAGAUGAUCAACCCAUGAUUUGGUUUAAAAAAAAACAUUACUUUAAAUAACAUCUGUUGUUAAGGGUACCUGAAAAAAAUACAGAAACAUAAGGCUUGUCUAUGUCCAUAUGCAUGUCUAGCAGGGAACUCUGGAAUAGUUGCUGAAACAUAAUUUCUCUAUGUCACAGGUUGGCUAGUCUAUUGCUGUUAUCCCUUCAAUCCUCUACUAGUCAUAGUUCCAGAUGUGCUGAGUAUGGUGAUAGUGUUAUCGCUGUGUAAAGUUUCACCAAUAUAAUGGACGCAACUAGUCGUAUUGGGUAGAUGAAGCAAUCUGACUUUAUUAGGCCACACUUGGCUUUUUAUACAGUGCCCCUAGCAUGGGGUUUCCAAGACAAAAUUCCUUCCCACAAACCAUUGUGCUUGAAAGAUAUUUGAGCUCCAAUUAAGAUCUCUCAAAUAAGAAAACUAACAUACAAUUUUAACAUAUCAUGAAAAUACAUGAAAACAGUACAGGAACCUUACAAAAAUUAUAUUCCUGAAUACCCCCGAUCUGAGCGCAAAACGAUCGGUUCGGUAAAACGAAAGUUAGGUUUGAAUAAAAAGUUUUGACCGACCGGCCAUGAGGUGGUAGCCCAAAACAAUUCCAGAGAAUUGAUAAGGCUGGCCGGUCGACUUUUGGGGGUUCCUGUGCGUACACCAACGAAUGCAUCUUCUGGAUUUAAAGAAAUUAAUGCUUCCCUUGUUCGGCAGUUUGUUACUCCCAAAUACCGUUACCCUAGCUGGUCAGGAAAUCAAACGGGCAGGGGUACAAGUUUCCGUGGAGUUCGUGAACUUGUGUAGCCGAUUCAGAGAUCCAUGCCAAUGACGACCAUGUACUGCUGCCUAUGUUUGGGAGACAAGAUGGCCACCAGUCCUGAUAGCACGUGUGUUCGUAUAUGCGAAUGGCGGCCACCCAGGGAAGCACUUGAGGUGAUUGCUCAUUUGUCAUUAAUGGGGGUGGUCGGUGAUUAGGAGGUGUUAACAAGGGGGACCACACAUAUUUUGUUCAGUAACUGAACAGAAGGGAAUGGAUAGCCGAACACAAGGGAACAAUUAUUGGGUAGUGAUUCCAUUCGAAUGCAGGGGGGUAUCAGACGAAACAAAGUACAAAUAAGGGAACACGUACGAGGAGACCCAUCUCCCGUGACCCUCUAGUUUCUGUGCCAAAGAGGAAUUUCCAAAGUUCAACGUGAGAUAUGUGAUUGAUGCACAACAGUAAUUUCUCUAAUUGCACUGUGUUGGGACUUUUAUUGUGUUGGUCUCAUAGCAAUCUUUUAUAUAUAGAGAGAGAAAUAUUUUUAUACAUGGCUAGAUAUAAAUUUGGCUCUAUCAUCUCUCUCUCUUUUUCUGUCCGUCUGUCUAUUCAUCUAACUAUAUGUGCUAUUAUAUAUUAUAAUACAUCUACGAAAUUCUAAAUUAAACAGAAUUUGCAAUAAAGGAAGUGUAAACAUUAGAGCUCACCUUAUAGGAAGUAUUUAGGAAAGCAGUGCACAUUACAUGUAGGGUAGUAUGACGAUGGUUGCAAAGUGGUUUAAUUCUUAAAUGGCAGAUAAUUGAGCAGUGAGACUGCAGGGGCAUGAUCUAUACACCAAAACAGCUUUGUUAAGCCAAAGUAGUUUUGAUUCCAGUGCAACGAUUUUAACUUGAUCAUGAUGGACCUAAUCCAUAAUUAUGUAUUAUAAAAUUUAACAUCAACAUUAUGUUUUAGUUCUAAAUAAACCUUGCUAUUUUAUCUAUACUACCUUUAAUCAAUCAAUAAAUACAUGGCUAAAUUCUAGCAGUUUAGGGGCAAGGAUGAAGAAUGGAGGGCUCUGGGGUCAUAGCAUGGUAAACUCUGACCACCAUUAUUAAAAACAAAUGUCUACUCGUAACUAUGCAAUUGUAUUUAUAUAAGUUUUACACCUGUAUAAUUACUUCUGCAGAGAUUUACCAGAGUAUCAUGUUUACAAAGUGGUUCAAAGAUGUAAAAGGGGAAAAGUCACCAAUAACAUGUGCAUGCUGAUUCCACUGGCUUCCAUGGUGAUUACUCCAUUUUAGAACUUCACACAAGAGGCAUUGAGGGGUUCACAACUCUACUGUGGCUGUGAGCACAUAUGUGAAAUAAAACAUACAGGAGAUAAUCAACCAAGAAGAUAAUCCUUCGUUCCUUAUUGAGAAAGGCGUAAAUCCAUUUUGUCUUUGUUUGAGGUGUGGUCUUGAUUGUCUUCCACAACCAUAAGACAUAUCUGUGUUGUUUACUUGGGUGGAUAUUAGCCACACUUUGUUCUCUUUAGUACCUUAGAGUCAAAUCUGUACUUUUAAACUUGAUAGAUCUUUGCUCCACAUCCCUUUGUAUAUUCCCAUUCUAUGUUCGAGAAUCCUGUUGCAAAAUUGAUCUAAGGAGUGUUUGAGCUGUGUGUACAAUCUUUGUCUAAAAAACAAUGUAGUUUGAGCUGUAUGUGUCAUUCUGUGUACUUGACUUUAUUUUGACAAAUUCUGCUCUGGCUCUACUGUUUCUUAGAAAAUAAUGAGUGGGGCAACAUUUCACAAUGCAUGUAAUGGAUAAACCCAAUUAAUGGUCACCAAGAUGGCAUAUUAAUUUUAAAUACAUGGAUAUUAAUGAUUGGCCUUAAUAUAGUUGUAAACGUAUUUGAAAAUGUGCCAUCUGGACUGAAAGCAAAAAAAAAAUACAAAAAAAGUAAAAAUAAUCAUGGUUGACGUGGUCAAGAUAUAAAAUGUGAUUUAGAACAACCUGCAUCUAAUUCACUUAUUAAGAUGGAUCUACUCUCUUCUUCUAUAUCUGCUACUUGGCUACUUCUACUGAGAAGUCUCUGUCUGGCAGAGGGAGGAAAAACUCUUAGUAAUUCCUAUGAAUGGCAGCCACUGGCUAAGCAAGAAACCUGUAGUAGAAAGGCUAACUAAGAAUGAGUAUUAGGUUGUGAUGGUGACACAAGCGAGUAUUUUAUCAAUGAGUAACUCUUCAUGCCAUACAGCAAUCACUACACAAAAGCAAAACUGCAAAAGUUUGGAAGCGAUCACUUCAUUAAUGCUCCUUUUCCAGGAGUCACCAUUAACAUGCUUAACAGCAUGUUAUGUAUAUAUGACAUGUUUCGGACCGUGUGCGCAAAGUUUUUAUUCCAUAAAGAGUUAAUGCAAAAUCUCAGAGGAGAUAAAUAUGAUGCAUUGCUUAGUGACUCAUUUUCACCUUGUGGGAUGAUGGGGGGCAUCACAUCUUGGAGUCCCUAAUGUGCAUUUUCUAAGAGGAAAGCCCUAUAUGUUAGACUAUACCAGUGCAUGGUGUUCGAGCCCCCUGUCCUAUGUCACCAGAAUAUUCAGCCAGUUCUCAGACAAGAUGAAUUUCAUGCAGCGUUUGAAAAACCUAUUAGUUAGGCUAAUCGAGUACUAUUAUUGUGCGGCUACAUAUACACCAUGGGAGCAUCUUGCUUUCAAGUUCCUAGAAAACGACGAGAAUAUCCUGCAGCUUCUAAGCAGAACAUCCAUCUGGGUUCUGAGAUAUGACUUUGUCUUUGACUAACCACAACCUGUGAUGCCCACAUGGUGUUUGUAGGAGGCGUCAGCUGUGUUCCAAAUAUGCCCAUGCCAAAGGUAGGAAUUAUAUGCCCGUUAAACAGCCAUACCUUUUCUGGCAAACUCUGCUCUGGCUAAUAAAAGAAAUGGAGCAGCAACAUUUCCAAGUGAUUAUUUCCAAAAUUCACAUUAUGCAUAACACAAUUUAUGGUCAUCUUGUUAGAAAAUGUUGAUACAAAGUACAUGGAUUUUAAUACUGAUUCCAGAGGUUCUAUGGUGAUUGCUCCAAUUUUAGUACUUUGCACCAGAGGUGUUUAACAUGACAUCUGCAAAACAAAGUGCAAUGACCUGUCCUCAAGGACACACUCAAGGUCGAUUACAAAGACACAAUUCAGUCCAUUUAACCUCUGCAGUCAUGUAUCCCUCACCAGCAGUUGCCUCCACUGGCACGCUUUUGUCUCUCUAUCUGCUUAUUGCCCCCAGUCUAAAAAUAAGCCUUCCCCAUAAUCAUGCCAGUCAGGCUGGAAGGUAAAGGCUAGAUUAUUUUCAUGUAGAAUAUGACUGUGCUCUUUUGGCCACUUUGAUGGCCAAAGAAAGAAUAUAGAAGAAAGAAGCCCUUUAAUCAAAUAAAAAAAUUCACAGGUUAAAUUUACAUUUUUUAAUUACUAUAUGGGCUCCACCCUAACUGUUAACUAUUAGUGUGAGAGGGUAGGUAGGGUCAUUUAAUGGUAGAUACAAAAAUUACUACUUGGGGGCACACCCAAAACAUGCAUUAUUUGGUUGUGGUGCUGCUAGAACCUAAAAUUGCAGGCAUAAUUUGACAAUUUACCUGGGGUCCAGCGGGUAUCUGCUGUCUCCUUUAAGGAGGCAAGGAUAUGCCGUUAGCUUCAGUGAGCUAAUCCCUGCUGAACAGGAUAAAAACAUUGACUGACAGUGUCAACUGAGCUUAGUUCAGUGCUGGAGGUUCUUUAAGUAGGUGAGGUGGCAUAGUCUAAUGGUUUGACUACUUAGCCUGAGAAGGGUGCCAGGGUACUUUUGACUCUCUAACCACAACAGCGGACUGCUCUAGUAAUGGUGGUUGGAAUGUUUCUUUAAUUCUCUCAGUACAACCAGGUAUUCAUGUGAAAAUUUCAAGUGUGCUGUAGUGGUUAUGGUGCUAGGAGUACUCUGUCACCUACCCUCCAUUGUAAGUAGUCAAACCUUUUUAGAACUGUUUGAUUUCUUACCUGGGGUCCACCAGGUGCAGCUCUAUUUCUCAUGGAGAGCUGGAAGCUUUGGGUUGAAGGUGCUGCUGUUAGCUCUCCUGGGGUAAACCAUCUCUGUCAAAUGCAGUGGAGACAGGGAGCAGUGCCAAGUAGACUUAAGGAAUGAAGUCAAACCAUUCUACAAUGGUUUGACUAUUUACAGUGAUGGGGUUCCAGGGCACUGUUGGCAUUAUAUCCACUUAAGCACUUUGUGAUGGUUAUAGUACUUGGACUGUUCUUUUAAAUAUAUAUUAUCAAAUUAACAAAAUGUCCCAAUUAGAGAAAUGGAAUGUCCUUCUCAAUGAAGAUCCUCCAGUGCUGAUACAGAUGGGUAUUGGCGUGAUAAGAUGAGUUCUACCGCUUCUAUGGGUUUUCUUUCACCAAAUUUAACUAAUGCAGUCAGGAUCAUUCACCAUUCAUUUACAAGUGUGAAUAAUCAAGAAUUCAAACUGGAAUUAAAAUUUUGUCCCAAAUAUCCAAACUCAAAACAUAGCUCACUUUGAGAUUUUCUUCAGUUAAGAUAUUUUAACCUAAAAUGUUUAAUCCAAUUCACAACAAUUCACUUUAGUGAAUAAUCCUAACUGUGUAAAGUCUGUUAGUGUGGUGUUUAGUUGCAUUUUAUCAAUGGACAAGGUUUUGUGUGGCAUGUGUCCAUGGCAAAGGCAACAGUUGCUUUUGCCUGGUCACCAUGCAACCUUUGGAACCAUAUUUGCAUGUACCGAUCAACACAGAAAAUCAACCUUUUUUUUUAGGCAAUUGUUACUUAUUAAACUCUUUGAAGCUGUAACCUGAUUGGCACUCACUUAGGUACAUGACAUCAAAGGACCUUUUACGUAGAACAGUGAGUUUGCAAUAUUAGUGUUUUUUUGGUCAAUUAUUUGCAAUUCUCUACACAAACAUAUAUAUAUAUAUAUAAAACCAGUCUUUAAGGAUCCUUGCACUAUGAACCUUAGUGCAAGGAACUCUUUAUAUUACCGGGUGCUAUUAGCCAAGGCUACAUAAACACUUCUGGUAAAAGCCUUAAUCCUUUAUUACCUACUAGUUGAGCACUGACCUUUUCCUCCUUAUGGCAGCCUUAAACUUCUGAUUAAUAGAAUAUGACUCCAUAUAGGUCCACAGUAUCAGGUACAAAACAAAAACAAGAAAUUAAAUACAAUGCAAAACAUGUGAUAUACUUUCUAAACAGAAGCACAGCCUAGCAUAAUGAAGCAUAACUAUGUCACAGAAAGCACUAAAAGAAGAACGUAUAAUGUAAAAACCGACAGGAAUACUAUAGAGCAGUGGUUCCCAACCCAGUCCUCAAGUAUUAUUCUUCUAAAAACACCUUAAACACAACUUGGUAAUCCCUAAAUCCUGAAUCUAGAAACUAGAGACUAGGAAAACCAAAAGACAAGGAAAAUACCCUCAGUUAGAACUUGAGGGAUUCCCGCCAUUAUUACAAACAUACUCUCCUAAUAAUGUAAAUAUAUACACAGUGUACUUAGAAAUCAUCAUAAGCAGAUAUUGCAGAAUAAAAUCUGCUAAAAGUAGCCAAGUAAAAUCAAGGUCUGUAAAUAUAUCUCAUUCAAAAAAGCACAAUUCUGAAUUAUACAAUGUCGCCGUCACUGCUUUAUUAAUGUGUGUAUGCCAUUGGAAACAUUGUUGUCAGAAAAAAUAUCUGCUCAUGUGUUAGAGUAUAAGGUAUCGACCAUAAUGUAUUAAUAUCUGAAUAACAUGGAAAAAAUAUCUGAAUAACAUGGAUAAAAGGUAUAAGGUAGAUAUUCCUCGGAUAGUGUACUAACGAUUUUAUCAAAAGCUGAGACAAGAAAACAACCAAGGAGACCCCACAACAGAUCGCAAUUUGGAGUGGUUACAAACGAAAAUGUAUCAAUCUGUUAUUAAAGAAGCCGAAGUCCAAAUAUAAACAGCUUAAACUUACUAGGCUCUCAUAUCACAUCUAAAGUGCUUUCACUGAAGUGAAUGUGCUAAAAUCGACUUAAUGCACCGCUGUCCUAUGUGUUCGAGGAAAAGUUAUAAGCAGAGCUUGCAAUUAUACUGUCCCUGGAGUAAUUAAAGGAUGUCUAAAUACACAUAUGUAAAAUUCAAAGGCAUUUAACCCAAGUGAAGCAACAUGGUUAUGUUAACAGUUAAUCAUAUAGGUCAAUAAAGAGUAAAAUACAGGGAGCUUUGCAUAAUAGAUAGAAUUAAAAUGAAAAAAAAAAAGCAAAUCAAAUAUAUACAUAUAGUCCCUAGACUUAAAAGGAGCUAUAACUCUCAAGGGGAUGGAGGGAGCAAUCUAAAGUAUGAAGGCUUAAACACUUGUGUUGCACACAAAGAUCGCCUCAUAAUAAUGUAAAUUGCUGUAAUCCCCAUGAUAACCUCGACACACACUAAGUGUUGUACCUACAUAUACAUAGAGAGAGAUAAUCUAAAGCAGCGUUUCCCAAUUGGUGUUUCAUGGAACCCUGUCUGGGUCUGGGAUGUUUGGAGAAGGUGGCAGCACUUUCUCCCAGACAGAGCAUGCCGGCGGGAGGGAGAGAGCGAGCAGCGGGGACUGAAUUGCUGCUGACCUGGCACACCAUCCUCAGCUAGCAGCCUGCAGCACCGAAGGCAGUCACCCUCAUGUACAAAAAAGGUAAGUGAACAACAAAUAGGGGGGGGAGGGAUCCACGAUGUUGAUGUCAAGGGAUUCCACGGGAAAAAUUAAUUGGGAACCCCUUGUCUAAAGGAAUGAAGGACAUUGUGUAUAAAAAAGACACUACAAUCGCUAGAACCACUAUAGGUUAAUGUAGUGGUUAUGGUGUCUAUAGCAUGUCCAUGCAGGCUUUUCAAUGUAAAACACUGCCUUUUCAGACAAAGACACCUACAGCCAUAUACCCUAGAGUCAGGUUUUAUGGAAUGCUCUAUCUAUGCGAGUUACAAAUCAGAACUCUUAUCAGAAUUAUUUUUAACAUAAAAAACACACUAGUUUAUGUAUUUUUUUCUUUUAUAUGUAUAUUGUAUUGAUUUAAAUUCAUAUACAAGCAUAUUACACACAGGUAUACUAGGCAAUUUCUUAUUUCUAAUUAUUUCCACGCUCCAUUGUUAUUAUAAAUAACUUGGUAUUAAUUACAGGUGGAUAAUGCCUUUUUUGAUGGAGGUAUUGAAGUCCGCAGACAACCUCUGCAGCAAUAUCUGAUUAGAAUGAAACAUAUGUCAAGCACAUAAUGUUUAAACACAGCAAAUGAUCAUAACUAAACUUUCUAAAUAAAUUUACCUAGAGGAAUGUCACUAUAUUAUUAUUUUAGGGAUUUAUUCACUAAAUUCUAAAUUGUAGUGAACUAAAAACUGAUUGGGAUAUUCACUAAACUCAGAACUGUAGAAAUUUUAAAUCCAAUAGCCAACAUUUUUAAAAUUAUAGCUAUUUGUAAAAAAUAAAUAAAUAAAAAAUCUGCAAAUUCUCUAUAAUUAGUUUGUUUAUUUUAGCCUAUAACUUGCCAUUAAGAUUUUAAAUUCACUACAGUUAAUGAACAACCACAAUCACCUGCAUUGAAAUUUUAUAUUUCAUCUUACACACAUAAUGGGGUGUCUGAUUUGUAAAAGUCAGCCUAGAAUUCAUGUGUCCCUUGUUGACUUGCUUGUUUUCUGCCAGCAAUGCAGGCCUGAACAGUCAGAAUACUCUGAAAGCGGUUAUGCGCAUGUAGAAUGCGGCAAGAAGACUUCUAAAUGCACAAUCACAUUCUGCGAUACAAUAACGCAUGCACUCUUUUUGGGCAUUCUGAUUGGAUUUUCUCUGAUGCCCUGGAGAUGUAGGACACCAGAGACAUAACCCUGAAUUUAUCUACUCAGGUUCCAAAAUCCUUGAACUGCAGAAAAGUAUGUAAAUCCAUAGGCCAUAUACAGAGUUAUAUUUCUGCUAUUUCAAUUUUCUCUAACAUGACUCCCGUCUUAAAUACAUUUUCUUAUAUCCCUUUCAUGAAAAGGUUUAUUAUUUCACAUUAUACUAGCCCUCUCAUCUUCUAAUUCUUACCUUAUGCUGCUGCAAUCCAGAUAUAAAAACUCACAAAACCACAAAUCAUGAUCACAUCUCAGUCCAUAGAAAAUGAAUUUGCAUACUUAAUGGGUAUAUUCUAGUGCUAUAGAAUAUAAAAAACCGGCAUGAAUGCCCCCUGAACUCCCUACCAUCCUUACCCAGGAAUUCGAGCCCCAAGUGGAACACCCCAACGAAAUGGACGCAGGAGAGAAAAUCCGUCUUCGAGAACCAAACAAGGGGGGAGGAGGCUGAAAAAUCCAGGGGACGGAAGAGCAUUCACCUAAGGGAAAAAAAGGACAAAUGUCGGAACCCAGCACCUCCCCCGAUCGAAACGGUAUAUUUCCGCCUAUCCCGGGAACCUAGUACAUCCUGUUAAGAGCCUAACCAUUACCCUGUGCAUUCCAUCUACCUCAGGAGAAAGCAGAAGGGCCCGGUUAUGCCGCAACGUCCAAGAAUGAACAGAUUCUUUUGAUGAAUCAGCCAACUGCUACCAACGUACCAUACCCAAAGACAACAGCCGUCGAGUGGCGAAAGCCUGAAGGAAGUCCAUUCCGAUGCUUACUCAAUCCACUAAAACAACCUCCCACCUGCAGAUGA